GCAUGCCGGAAAUGGAUUAGAGAAGAAGACGGCGCAGUCCACUCACUCGCCCUCGGAGGACGGUAGCUGUUAGCUAACUGCUGCAGGAGAUCCACAAGGAUAACAGACAGAUCCGUGUAUAGUCUGAGAUGCCAGGUGCUGGUCCAUGGGUGUGAGCAGACUGGAUAUAUUUUACAGACGGCUGCUCCUAACCAAACUCUUCAUAGGGGGAUGGGGCAAGCCUGAAGACCUCAAGAGACUCUUUGAGUUCCGUAAAGUCAUUGGAGACAGAGAGAAGUGCAAGUCUCUGGUGCCUAAGGACUAUCCAGUUUACAUAAACAAGACUGAGGAGCACACUGACUGUCAGAUACACGAUGGGUUCUUCAUAUCUCCUCUGGAGCACUUGGUCCCUGGAAUCCUGCCGCCGGAGGCUGUCAAAGCCAGGUUCCAGUUUAUAGUUCCUAAGAGGUGGCAGAAGAACAGACCAGUAUGUAUCCACCUGGCUGGGACCGGAGACCAUUUUUUCUGGCGCCGGCGGACCCUGAUGGCCAGGCCCAUGAUCAAAGAGGCAGGAAUGGGUUCACUGCUUCUAGAGAACCCUUAUUAUGGCUACCGUAAACCCAAAGACCAACUGCGGUCCAGUCUAAAGAAUGUGUCCGACCUGUUUGUGAUGGGAGGGGCUUUGAUCCUGGAGUCAACAGUGCUUCUCCGUUGGCUGGAGAGAGAAGGUUACUGGCCACUAGGAAUGACUGGCAUCUCCAUGGGAGGAUAUAUGGCAUCCCUGGCAGUGACUAACUGGCCAAAGCCCAUCCCUCUGGUUCCCUGUUUGUCCUGGUCCACUGCCUCUAGUGUCUUCACCACGGGAGUGCUGAGUAAAGCAGUGAACUGGACGGAGUUGGAGAAGCAGUAUGCCAUUAACUCAGUGUAUGAAGAGGAAAUCAUUAAACUGUUGGAGUACUGUGGGGCUGAUUCCUUUAAGAUGGGUCCAGAACUUAUGAAGAACACAGACUCUUUAGAGCAUCUUCUAGGCCUGUCCGGAGAGGACAGUGUGUCAGUGGGCCACAACUCCAAAGCUGGAGGAGAAGCGGAGGCUGGACGUGACCUGUUGAUUGGUAAAGGUCCUGAGGGGGGCGGGGCAAGAGACAGAGUACACCAGUUCUUAUCAUCAGUGAACAGCAGUGGGACAAGCUUGGAAACUCCAUCAAGCCUUCACGCAAACAACAUACUGAAUGGUAUGAAGACGGAUUCAGCCAAAUGCUGUCGACCAUCUUUACACAGAGAGUCUAUAGGCUUCAUGAAGGGAGUGAUGGAUGAAUGUACACACAUGGCCAACUUCUCUGUCCCUGUAGACACCAGUCUCAUUAUUGUGGUCCAGGCCAAAGAGGAUGCCUACAUCCCUCGUACAGGGGUCCUCAGUCUGCAGGAGAUCUGGCCAGGUUGUGAAGUCAGAUAUCUGAAUGGAGGACACAUCAGUGCAUACCUGUUUAAACAGAAUGUCUUCAGUUUCUUUUCAGGAUCCUGAAGUAUGUCUCAAGCACUUCUCCUUGGUGUGACCUUGCACUUGUACCCCUUCCUCUGUGAUUCACCAACUUCACCAGUGUACAUUUAGCACAGCAGCACCACCAGCUCUGUAUCCUCACCGGCUGCCCGUGCCUGACUCUUGGCUGUUGCGGCCUUCUUCCUGUAUACGGCGUAAUUCCUCUGCACUGCAGUCUGGGUCUGAUUCCAGCUUUACAUUAUUAAAUCGUUUACUUCCAUAUCUGCAGGAACAUUGCCUUGGUGUUCCAGCAGUUGUUCUAGCCUGUACAGGAUGUUUUGAAAGUAAACAGCAGUGUUUUGCAGUUAGAUGUCCGGAUUGUUUUGGGGUGUAUCCUUGUGGUCUUAGUGAUGAUUUCGUGUAUUGGUUUUCUACCAGGCUGUCAGAGUUGAGGAGAUUGUGUUAUUCUUACAGUAAUUCAGUUUCUUAAUGAUGAUUGUGGUAGGAAAGCAAGGUCUGCAUUUGUUUUACAUUGAUUUUGUUAGUUGUGCUUUUGGGUCUUUUUGAUUUAAUAUUGUCGUUGAUUUGACAAGAAGUAGUUGAGACCUUGGUGCUUUGGUAAUAUUAAAGUAUUUUUAGGCUAUGUUGUGAUCUACAAUGUAUCUCUCCAUACACAUUUUCCAAGCUAACUAAUAAAAAAGGAUCCAAGUUGAACUUUUGUGAAAUAAAGGUCCACACAAUAGCAGCUAUGAGUCAGUCAAAAUACAAAUUAAAAUAGCCUAAAACCAGAAGCCUCAAGAAUCCAUUUCAGAGCUGCGGAGUUGGAAGCUUCAGAUAAGGUAAUCAGAUAUUGCUAUCCAGAAUUCCUUCAAUUUUAUCGUUUUAUCAUACUGCUGUUGUGAGUGGUUCAAUAAAAAUGGGAAAUAGGGAUGUUGAGAGUGGGCGUCCUUGUCUGGUUCCCUGAUGAAGUGUGAAGGAUGGUGAGGUGACCCUCUUUGUGAUGAUUGGCCCUCGGUGAGUCCAGUUGAUUUUAGCCAAUGCUUUUUUGGCAUCUAAUGACACAAUUAUGGUUUUAUUUGUUUUUGUUGUGAUAUAUUGAUUAACAUAAAAAGCCUUUGAGGCGUCUGGUUAGCUCAGUCAGUAGAGCUGGCAACCCAUAUACGGAGUUGCUGCAGUGGCCCGAGUUCGAAUCCGACCUGUGGCCCUUUGCUGCGUGUCAUCCCCUCUCUCUACCCCCCUUCCCUGUCAAUCUUCAGCUGUCUCUGUCCAAUAAAGACAUGAAAAGGCCCCAAAAAAUAACUUGGGUGUUAUCUGAAGCAUACUGAAUGCGUGGACUGUACACACUGCACCUACACACUGUACCUUUUUAAAUAAACAUUUCGCAAGUAUUCAGUAUUUCUGUAAAUGUGUAAAAUCGUAUUAUAUUAGGUAAGCACUUGGACUGUACUUACAUAGCGCCUUUAUAGUCUUUUGACCACUCAAUGCGCUGUACACUACAUGCCACACUCACCCCAUUCACACACAUUCAUACACUGAUACUACAGUUAGUCAUGGAGUUCCACAAGGUUCUGUACUUGGACCAAUACUAUUUACUUUAUAUAUGCUCCCUUUAGGCAAUAUUAUUAGGAAUAACUCCAUUAACUUUCACUGUUAUGCAGAUGAUACGCAGUUACAUCUAUCGAUCAAGCCCGAUGAAAUUAAUCAAUUAUCUAAAUUACAAACAUGUCUUAAGGACAUAAAAUCCUGGAUGAGCUGCAAUUUUCUGAUGUUAAACUCAGAAAAAAAAACGAAAUUCUUGUUCUAGGCCCCAAAAACCUUAGAGACUCACUGUCAAAAGAUAUAGUUACUCUAGAUGGCAUUAACUUGGCCUCUAGCACCACUGUCAGGAAUCUUGGAGUUAUCUUUGAUCAGGAUUUGUCUUUUAACUCCCACAUAAAGCAGACCUCUAGGACUGCCUUCUUUCAUUUACGUAAUAUUAGAAAAAUUAGACACAUACUAUCACAGACAGAUGCAGAAAAACUAAUCCAUGCAUUUGUUACUUCAAGGCUGGAUUACUGCAACUCUUUAUUAUCAGGUUGCCCCAGUAAGUCCAUUAAAACGCUCCAAUUAAGUCAGAACGCUGCAGCACGAGUACUGACAGGAACUAGAAAAAGAGAUCACAUCUCUCCUGUACUAGCUUCUCUGCACUGGCUCCCUGUAAAAUGUAGAAUAGAAUUUAAAAUCCUCCUCCUCACCUAUAAAGCUCUUCAAGGUCAGGCCCCUUCAUAUCUUAAAGAGCUCAUAGUACCCUAUUACCCCUCUAGAACACUACGUUCUCUGAAUGCAGGGCUACUUGUGGUUCCUAUAGUCUCUAAAAGUAGAACAGGAGCCAGAGCCUUCAGUUACCAAGCUCCUCUCCUGUGGAACCAGCUUCCAGUUGUGGUUCGGGAGGCAGACACCCUCACCACAUUUAAGAGUAGGCUUAAGACAUUCCUCUUUGAUAAAGCUUAUAGUUAGGGUUGGAUCAGGUGAGUCCUGAACCAUCCCUUAGUUAUGCUGCUAUAGGCCUAGACUAUUGGGGGAUUUCCCAUGGUGCACUGAGCUCCUCUCUUCCUCUCUCUUUCUGCACUCAUGCAUGUUCCAUUAAUGCAUGUUACUAACUUCACUUCUUCCCCGGAGUUCUUGUGCUUUCUCGUCUCACAGGUUCUUAUCGAUCCUGGUGGAGCCUCCUGCCAUGGUCCUGCUAGAUUGCCAUUGCCAAUACUGUUGUUGCUGUGCACCUGUCUGUCUGUCUGUCUGUCUCUCUCUCUCUCUCUCUCUCUCUCUCUCUCUCUCUCUCUGAAGAUGGAUUAAGUUAAGAUUAAGUUUUUGUUGACACAGUGUCAGACAGCUUUUGAUUGAUUGAUUAAUCUCCUGUCUAACUUAUUUUCCAUGAAUGGGGAUUGUAUUCUUUUUGCAUGGGAAAUGGAAUGCUUGCAGGUUUUAUAAUUGACUGCGUAUCUUUUUCAUUUCCAGACAGGCCAUAUAUGAUGCAUUCAACAGAUUCUGCCUCAAGUAUCCCAACCUGAACUAGCAAUGACAGACUGAAGCCCUUUCCUCCCUGUAACAGCAGCAGGACCUGUGCCUGGACACUGGACAAAGCAAUGCCUGUCCACAGACCAGAAGCAUCAGCAUGAAGUAUGGUAGUUAAGAUCUCUUCUACUGAGACGUGAUUUGUCUGAACUUUACAGGCUGUCUUUAGAUUAAGGCCACUUUUCAAAUUUCCUACUUCUAAAAGGGAACCCUGGUGCACCCAAACAAAUAUAAUCAACUGAAACUGAAUUUAGUUGUUGAUGUUGAUCCGUCUCUGCUUGUCGAAAGAACACUAAGGCCUCUUGUUUCACUCUGGUAUCAAUUCACUGGUCCACACCACCAGGCUGGAUGUGUCCAUCCUGAUGUGUUCUGUUAGGAAACACAGACAGUGCCUGUUAUAUUGAUAUCAUAUCAUAUCAUAUGAGCAGAAUAUUAGCUACUGCAGAAUGUAGAUUACUGCAGUAUAUGAUGAAAAUACUAGGUAUAAAUGCAAUACUGAAGACAGAGAAAUAUAAGAAUAUUGUAAAAUAUUAUAGAAUUGUUAGUUACGUCAAAGAAUAUAAGUAUAUAAGUUAAGCUCACUGUAAAGCUGCUUUCAUGACAGAGAAAUUCAGUAACUAAUAAAUAAGUCUAAGGGAUUUUUCACAGUUAUGGAAAUGGAAAUUAAAUUUAAAAAUCCUUAUAGUUUCGUUGACCCUGUCUGAUAUACCUGUAGUAAUUUUUUGUGGCAGAGUCUGCCAUUCCCACACAUUGUUAAAAUGGCCUGCAUACACAUGCAGUAUUCUCUGCUGCCUCGUAUCACUCCACUAAGCCCUGCCCACCAAACCCACAAACGUCUCUGAAAUGGCCUGUGAUUGGCCAAAGUCUCCUGCAAAGGGCUGAAUUUUGUAAAGCCUGAAAGGUGCAGAAGACUAGUUAUCUCUCGGGCCACAUUUUUGCGCAGAGAUACCAAGAACAGCUGCCCAGCUAUAAGUACUUUGUGGUAUUCCUCACACUAACAACAUUUAGUGUUCUGGUGUCAAAAUAUCAAAAAUGAUAAAGCAAUUCUAAUGUUGUACUCUAAAAAGUUCAUGGGGUUGCUAGAGACCUGGGUAUGUAAGAGAUGCAGGUAAUGUUGUGUUUUUCUGUUUGGCAUCAUGGUGGCACUGUUUACUCAUGGUUACUAUGAAUAAAUAAAGACACAAUGAUUAAAAUGUUUGAUGAUGGAGCAGCAGCUUUAGUGCAAGUCAGCAGUUUCUUUGAGAUUGGUAAGGGUUUUGUUACUGUGUAUAUUUUUUCUAAUUCUUCCACCCCUUAAAAUCAAGAAGGCCUCUGAGGUGAAGCUCAUUAUUUCUAAUUAGCUCCACUUGUCUUUCUGCCAGAACAAAUCAUUUUCAAAUGAUAACAUACCAUUUUGAAACAAGAGGCCUCAGUGUUUCUGACAGAGACAUACUGUACAUAACAAGACAGUAAAAUAUGGUAACAGCUUGGCUUCUUUGGUCCAGAUACCAUAUUAUGUGCUACAUUUCAGUAAAUUAUACUGAAGUGCAUCAAAUGCCACACAUAUGUAUGAAUACAGUAUGUGAAAAAAAGCACAGGUUUUAAAGUGUGUUUCCUCAGAGCAGACAGGCUCUCUGGACUGACUACUCAUCCUCUGCUGUCCACCCACUUCCUGCACCAUGUGACCGCUGUUCAUCCAAAAUUUUCAGUUUGCUUGUGACAGAGAAAGCUCAUUGUAGGUUCCUUUUUAAUUUAAAGAUGUGUAAACAUGAAAUUGAAAUAAAGUCAAACCUACAGAGCAACUACAGGAGCUGUGAUUAGUCAGAUUACCAGCUCCUGUUGCCUCUCUGCGGGUUGAACCUGGAAUUUAAUUUGCACACUGCUUACACAUCUUUCAAUGAAAGUGGUCUGUAAAACUGUAAAGCAGGCAGCAGAUUAAUUGUGAGAUGGAAUAAGGUACAUUGCACACUGGUAAAUGAAAUAUGAAAUUAAAUGCAUUUUUGCUUUUUUGAUUAUAAAAUGAAAUUCUUAAUCAUUUAAAGUCAGAAUAAGGCAUUUUCUUUGAUAAUAUUAUUUUGCUUUUGGGUUCAUUAGUGCAUUAUUAAAUAAAACAAUUUUUAGAUAAUGUUUUGAAGAUCCACUGUAAAAUUUAGGAGGAUCUAUUGUCAGAAAUUAAAUAUAAGCAUUGUUGUGUUUUUAUUACCUUGGAAUGGGUGACAUGAGCCGACAGAUGCUGCGGGUCGUCUUUCAUGGAGUUCGCCAUGUUAAACCACCAUGUUUCUGGCAGCUGGUGUGGAAACAAAUUGACAGAUGUGUACAGCCUUUCUGAUGUCUGUUGUAUUGUCAUUCCCUUCAUGGAAAGAGUCAAACUUGAAUUUGACAGAGCACAGUCCUGACUAAUGUUCAGCAAAAAUGUCUUUAAAAGACCACACUACUGUAUUUUUUUUUUUUUUUUAAAGUUUUAGCUUCUUAACUAUAAAUCAUGUAUGCUUCACAUUUUGCUGACUAUUUUGAUUUUAUACUCUACAUGUUAUAGCAUGGCUUCUCCCUUUCUGCAGUUAAUCAUCUUAUAAUUACAAUCAAACGUUGUAUAUUGAAAAAUUGAUGCAAACUUGAUGCAGAUGUCCAUUGUGACGGGUUACACAACUCAACUAACUUUAUUGUCAUAUUGUACAUAAAUAAGAUGAAGACAAUGGCUGCCUGGAACACCUAAAACAUACCUAAAACAAAAUAGUAUGGUUUGUAAAAUGGUUAGCUGUGAUGUAAAGUGUAAUUGAUUUGUAGUAAAUGGGCUAAAACAUGGAAAACCACUGAUUGGGUCCUGUAAGAACCUGCUGAUGCUGCUUUCUGGAAGAGAUCACAGUAUUAGGUUCACAGCGUUUGAUGUUGAUGUUGUAGCAGGAAAAGUACAGAUGGAACUAAUAUUAGUUUUUUGCAUCCGUUCCAUUCAUUGUCCCAGUCUAUAGCAAAUAAACCUCCAUAAAUCAAAAAUUGUAGGGAAAAAAAAGCUAUUUAGACCUUGCCUUAGAACAAUCAAGUUUUUAAGUUUUCUACAUUGUUUUUAUAAUUCCAGUUUGCCUAUAUCAGCAAAAAACAGGCCUCAAAAUUGUUGCAGUACCAACAUUACAACAGCAUAUUUGCCUGUACGUUGGUGUUAACGUGAUAUUCUUAAUUUUUACGCAAAAGUCAAAUUCCACACAGAUAUGAUGAAAUGCAGUAGAAUGGAAAAAAAAGAUCUACUUGAGAAACAAAAGAACAUUGCUGUAGGGUGUGAAUUAGAGAAGGAGCAGCCAGUUCACAAAAAAAGGUGGCUGUUGUGGCUGUCAUUAUUACUGGGGUGAAAAAAUGACCCGCUGUGGCUAACUGCUGUGGACAGGAUCAACAUCACUGGUAAUGUUAAAAUCACCCCACCUCCCCUAGAGACACAAAUUAGUGUUUUUCUUUGAUGAUUUUUUGAGUGUUUAAAAAAAUUUGGGAAUGUUUCUUCACCCACAUUCAUUAUCCAGUGAACUGUGCCAUGUUGUUCCAUUUAUAUAAUGUUAAUGUAAUGUUGCCACUGACACAGCAGACCUUCUUUGUUCUGACCACCACAGUUCCAGCUAAUUCAGCAACUAGAUGUUUUUUUUAUAUCUGUUCAUUUGUACAGUUAGUGAAUCAUGCUAAUUUAAAAUCUAUUGUUAGAACCUAAAGAAGUCAGUUUUUUUUUUUUUUUUAAAUGACGUGCUCAGAUUUCUAUUGGUUUCAACACAUUUUAAAACCUCAGCUGCACUGAUGCCAAGUGCUACAGACCCAGAACACAGCGGCUCUGCAUCUAUAAUGUCUGUUUAUUCCGAAUUAAAAGAUAACUUCUGUAUUUUUCUUCUUUUGUAUUGCUCCUACUAACAACUACUGUGUGUGUAUCAAAGCCUAUUAUAUCUUCUUCCUGUGUGCCAUGGAGGUCCAUUGUUGUCCAAAAAGUAUUAAACACAUCAAUGAGCCACACUGUUGCACUGUUCCUUCAUUACCAUGAAGACACAGUGUAGUUAAUUUUGAUCCCAAUCCCAAACACCGUCAUGCUGCCCUAAAUACCCACUAGACCAGUGGUUCCCAACAUUUUUCCUCUCCAUAUUUUAUUCAAUGCAUAACAGUAACAGAAAACAACUGAUAAACUGUACAAUGAACACAAACAGUGAACACAAUAACUGCAGUAGGUUUGUGUAAACCCUGAGAUUUGGAUGAAUUUUCAGCAUUAUACAUUUUUUUUAUCAGAACCGGAAAUCUCAAAUACACUAGGCAAAAUACCACAUGCAAAAAACUGCAUGUUUUUUGUCCAAUUGUAUGGGAUUAGCAUAAAGUGGGCAUGUCUGCACCCCCCAACUCCUUUGGGUGAAAGCAGUGCCUCUAUUUUGUCUUGUAGUAAAUGCAAAUUCUGAGGUCUUUGGGGAUUUUAAUACCAUAAAACAAGAAUUUAUCUCCACUUCCUACGUCACAUUAUGCUGCUUACAAGGUUCAUUAUUAGAAGGUAGGUUAGCUCAGUUUAUGUGAAUUAUUAAAGUUUAAACACCCUCUGCUGCACUGUCAAACCAAACUCCAUUUGUAAAGCAGGUGUUUCAUGGAUUUUUUUCACAAUAAAAGCUUUAUUUACAUCAUCA